AUGGCAUCACGGCAGGCUAGCUCCCUUAAAAACACAAGAGAUGCAGAGGACGAAGGUGAUCCCAAACGCUGUAUGGCGCAGCAUACAGGACCACUCAGAGGGCCGGCCAAUGAAAGUAAGAGAACACAGAAAACACAGAGUCAAGGAGUAGAGCAGCAGGAAGCUCAGCUCAGAGUUGUUGGCCCUGACGAUGGGAGUUCCAGUGAAAGGGAGGGGGAUGUGAUGCUUGGGGGCCUCUUCUCCCUCCAUGACAUGGUGCUAGAGCCUGACCUCUCCUUCAACUCCAAACCAGCCGCCACACGCUGCACCGGGUUUAACUUCCGGACAUUCCGCUGGAUGCAGACCAUGAUGUUUGCCAUCGAGGAGAUCAACAGAGAUGAUAAUCUGCUCCCCAACUUCACUCUGGGAUAUAAGAUAUAUGAUUCCUGCAGUACUCCUUACCAAGCCUUGAGGGCUUCUAUGGAACUGAUGGGGGGAGAAGGGGAGGGAGAAGGAGAGGGGGAGGGGGGGUCCUGUCGUGGCAUGGUACCGGUGGUCAUUGGGGAUGGAGGCUCCACUCUGUCUCUGGUGGUGGCUCGCUUCCUGGGAGUCUUCAGAGUGCCUCAGGUCAGUUAUUUCUCCAGCUGUGCGUGUCUCAGUAACAAGGCAGAGUUCCCAGCCUUCCUCAGGACCAUGCCCAGUGACUUCUUCCAGGUGGAUGCUCUGGUGCAGCUCGUCCAGCACUUUGGCUGGACAUGGGUGGGUGUGGUUGCCGGGGACGAUGCUUAUGGUCAUGGGGGAGCCCAGAUAUUUUCUGAGGAGGUCCAGAAGCUCGGUGCCUGCGUGGCCCUCCAUGAAAUCAUCCCCAAAAACCACGCGGAGGGGGCCAUGGCCUCCAUCGUGGCCCGUAUUCGGUCCUCCGGGGCAGGGGUGGUUCUGGUGUUUGCCCUGGAGCAGGAUGCUGGAGCUCUGUUUGACGAGGCCCUGCGGCAGGGUCUGACAGGGGGCUCCAUGGGCUUUGCCAUCCGCCGAGCUGUACACAUCCCUGGGCUACAGAAGUUCCUGCUGCGUCUGCACCCCUCCAGCCAAGACGCCUCCAAGGACCCGUUCAUACGCCCCUUCUGGGAGGAGAUGUUUGGGUGUAGCCUGCAAGGUGUUGGGGGUGUAGGUGGUCAUGGGGGUAAACCUCUGUGCUCUGGGUCUGAGGACGUGGGCAGUGUGAGGAACAUCUACUCUGACGUGUCUCAGUUGAGGAUAUCCUAUAACGUGUACAAGGCUGUGUACGCCAUCGCCCACGCACUGCAGGCUAUGAGGAGCUGUGAGACAGGAAGAGGACUCUGCCCAGAUACUGGCGUCAUACAGCCAUGGCAGCUCCUGCAUUACCUGAAGCAGGUGGAGUUCUCUAACUCGUUUGGAGAUGAGACUAAGUUUGAUGUGAACGGGGACCCAGUGGCUGAGUAUGACCUAGUGAACUGGCAGUUAGGGGCAGAGGGCCAGGUGGAGUUUGUCACAGUGGGGAGGUUUGACGAGACCAUCAGCCUUGGCAGGAAGAAACUACACAUCCAGGAAACGGACAUCAUCUGGAAUGGAAACCAGACAACAGUCCCUCUGUCAGUGUGCAGUAGAAGCUGCACCCCAGGGACUCGGAGGGCCAUCAGGCCUCACUUCCCCAUCUGCUGCUUUGACUGUGUGGUCUGCGCAGCAGGGGAGAUGACCAAUCAGACAGAUGCUAUAGAGUGUGUGCGCUGCCUGCCUGAGUUCUGGUCCAAUGAGGAGGGCACAGCCUGCGUCCCCAAGCAAGUUGACUUCCUGUCCUACGGUGACACAAUGGGUAUCACUCUGCUCUCCGUGGCCCUCCUGGGGUCCUUCUGCACUGCCACGGUCGUCCUCAUAUUCGCCUGUCACCGCGCCUCACCCAUCGUCAGGGCCAACAACUCUGAGCUGAGCUUCCUGCUGCUCUUCUCCUUGACUCUGUGUUUUCUGUGUUCUCUUACUUUCAUUGGCCGGCCCUCUGAGUGGUCCUGUAUGCUGCGCCAUACAGCGUUUGGGAUCACCUUCGUCCUCUGCAUCUCUUGUGUUCUGGGGAAAACAAUAGUGGUGUUGAUGGCCUUCAGGGCUACACUUCCAAGCAGUAAUGUCAUGAAAUGGUUUGGGCUUCCACAGCAGAGAGCCUUCAUCUCACUCUGUACUCUGGUCCAGGUGGUGAUCUGUGCUGUGUGGCUGGCUGUGGCUCCUCCCACCCCGCGCAGACUGAUGACACGUGAGAGUGCCAGUGUCAUCCUCCUGUGUGAUGAGGGCUCAGCCCUGGGCUUCUGUCUGGUGCUGGGCUACAUCGGCCUGCUGGCCUCUCUCUGUCUCCUCUUAGCCUUCCUGGCCAGGAAACUCCCAGACAACUUCAACGAGGCCAAGUUCAUCACCUUCAGCAUGCUGAUCUUCUGUGCCGUGUGGGUGGCCUUCGUCCCUGCCUACGUCAGCUCUCCUGGGAAGUACUCCACGGCCACGGAGGUGUUUGCCAUCCUGGCCUCCAGUUACGGCCUGCUGACCUGCCUCUUCCUCCCUAAAUGUUACAUCAUCCUGCUGAAGCCUGGAAAGAACAACAGGAAACAACUCAUGGCCAAGUCUGCACCUGACAAGACGUUAUAG